UAUUGCUUUCCAGUUGGACGUGAACAUCAAAAACAGACCGACGCUAUCACUCCACCUAAGAGCGAAUCGGCUCUACAAUGUCGCAGAAAGGAAAUCGAAAUGAAGCAGGAAAGCUGUUCAUUGGAGGACUAAGCUGGGAUACAGAUCAAGACACCCUGCUUACAUACUUUAGCCAGUAUGGUGAAGUUAUAGACUGUGUGGUGAUGAAGAAUCCCACCACAGGGAAGUCCAGGGGUUUUGGUUUUGUGACCUUCAAAGACCCAGUGUGUGUUGAGACAGUUUUGUCUGUAGAACUUCACCAGAUCGAUGGAAGACGAGUGGACGCCAAAGCAUGUAAUCCGAAGGGAAUGAAUAAACCUGGUGGAGGUCCACGAGAGGAUGGAGGUGGUGGAGGCCGUGGUGGUGGAGGAGGCCCAAGAGGAGGACCAGACCCAGAUAAGAACAGGAAAAUAUUCAUGGGAGGAUUGCCAAAUGUAGACGAAGAUUUUCUCAAAGACUAUUUUAGUAAAUACGGGAAGGUGCAAGAUGUUACUAUAAUGUAUGAUCAGGCGCAACAGAAAUCAAGAGGAUUUGGGUUUUUGACAUUCGAGAGCGAAGACAGUGUAGUAGGCGUGUGUGGAGAACACUAUGUCAACAUCAAUGGCAAGAAGGUUGAGGUGAAAAGAGCCCAGCCCAGAGAUGGGAGGGGUGGUGGUCAAGGUGGAGGUGAAAGGGGCGGUGGUGGCCCAAUGCAUCGUGGACCUAUGAUGGGACAGGGCAUGAACUCUCCACCAGAGGGUGACUGGGGUCCUGCAGGAGGCAAUUGGAAUCCAAAUGGAGGAGGUCCAAGACCAGGACCUGGUGGACCAGGAGGCCCAGGUGGGCCUGGAGGACCUGGGGGACCUGGUGGAUUUCCAGAUCAUUUCCAACAGGGCGGAUACCAACAGGGAUUUCCUCCACAACAACCUCCACAACAGCAGUCACCACCACAAGGAUUUAAUCAGAACUAUGGUCCCAACUCAUACCAGCAACCUCAACCCCCACAAGGACAGCCGCAGCCACCUCAGCAACCAGGCUUCCAGCAGGGAGGCUGGGCUCAACAACCAGGAGCAUCACCAGGACAACAGGGUGCCUGGCCCCCACCAGCACCGGCCCAGCCCAGCAAUCCUCAAGGCCCUCCUCCCCCUCCCACGCAGGUCCCUGCCCAGGCCCCUCUGCCCAACCCUGUUGCCUAUGGAGGACAGCCUCAACAAGCUUACGGGCAACAGGCAGCAGCCAACAGCUAUGGUGGACAAUGGGGAGCAAUGCCUCCUGCCACCCAAGCUCAGACCCCUUCUGUGCCACAGCCCCCAUCCCAGGCCAGCUAUGGAACCUAUGGACAACCUCCUGCUGCACCAGGUGCACAGCCUUAUGAUCCUAGUCAGCCUGGACAACCUACACCUAACGCAGCUCCAGCUUAUGCUGGUUACAGCCCCUAUGGAACACCUCAAGCCCCAGCAGGUGUACCAGACCCCUACGCACAGCCAGCCCCAGCUGGAGUUCCUGCGCAACCAGGGGCAGCUCCAGGAGGUUAUGGUGAUGCAGCAGGAGGAUUUGGUGGAGUGGCACAGCCUGCUGGAGGGUACCAAGGACAGGGAGAUGCACAGCCUGCAUAUGGUUCUCCACCAGCUGCAGGGGGCUACCAGAGGGCAGGAGCAGCAGGGGCACAGGGUUACCACCCUUAUCGACGUUGAUGUCAUAACCAUGCCUUACACUUUCAUUAGUCAGUGUUGGAGACAAUCUCACCUCAUAUGUACAUUACUCAUCAAAGCUAUUUGUAG